CAACGAAGAAGAAGGUGUGGUUUCCCAUCAGGCGGCAUCUUAAAGCACCGCCCGCACGUGCAGUCCAGGAACGAAGCAACUUAUCCUGAAUGAUCGCCGCCAAUAGUUCUUGUUGUUAAAAGAAGAAGGCGGACAAAAUGCUCGUCUUAUUCGAGACCGCUGCAGGAUAUGCAAUUUUCAAAGUUCUUGAUGAAUCCAAACUCCAGCAGGUGGACAGUUUAUACAAGGAGUUUGAAACUCCCGAAAAGGCGAAUAAAAUCGUCAAGCUGAAGCACUUUGAAAAGUUCCAAGACACAACAGAGGCUUUAGCAGCGGCCACAGCCCUUGUUGAGGGUAAAAUUGGAAAGAGCCUGAAGAAGGUGCUGAAGAAGGUUGUCGCUAAGGAGGCACAUGAGCAGCUGGCCAUCAGUGAUGUAAAACUCGGUGGUGUCAUCAAAGAAAAGCUGGACCUGAGCUGUGUCCACAGCCCAGCUGUAGCUGAACUGAUGAGGUGCAUCAGAAAUCAAAUGGAGGCCCUCAUCACAGGACUGCCACAGAAAGAAUUAAGCGCCAUGUCCCUAGGUUUGGCUCACAGUUUGUCCCGCUAUAAACUGAAGUUCAGCCCAGACAAAGUGGACACCAUGAUUGUGCAGGCCAUAUCUCUGUUAGAUGACCUGGACAAGGAGCUGAACAAUUACAUCAUGCGCUGCAGAGAGUGGUACGGCUGGCACUUCCCAGAGCUCGGAAAGAUCAUCACAGACAAUUUGGCAUACUGCAAGACGGUCUGCAAGAUUGGCUACCGCACCAAUGUGGCCAGCAGCGACCUCUCAGACCUUCUCCCUGAAGAAAUUGAGGCAGAGGUGAAGUUGGCGGCUGAGAUUUCCAUGGGAACAGAAGUGUCUGAACAGGACAUCGGCAACAUUCGUCACCUCUGCACCCAGGUGAUUGACAUCUCAGAGUACCGCACUCAGCUGUACGACUAUCUGAAGAACCGGAUGAUGGCGAUCGCCCCCAACCUGACAGUAAUGGUGGGCGAGUUAGUUGGUGCUCGUCUCAUCUCGCACGCAGGUUCGCUUUUAAAUCUGGCAAAGCACCCGGCCUCCACGGUUCAGAUUCUGGGGGCAGAAAAGGCACUGUUCCGAGCCCUGAAGACCCGCAAGGACACACCAAAGUACGGUCUCAUCUACCACGCCUCUCUGGUGGGCCAGACUACAGCCAAGAACAAGGGCAAGAUCUCCAGAAUGUUGGCAGCCAAAACAUCCCUUGCUAUCCGAUAUGAUGCAUUGGGUGAAGACACAAAUGCGGAAAUGGGGGUGGAGAACCGAGCCAAACUGGAAGCAAGAUUACGAUAUUUGGAGGAGAAAGGAAUCCGAAGAAUCAGUGGUACAGGAAAAGCUAUGGCAAAGGCAGACAAAUAUCAGCACAAAAGUGAAGUGAAACUAUAUGACCCAUCGGGGGAUUCUACAAUUCCGUCCACAUCUAAAAAGAGAAAGUUAGAAGAGAUGAAGCAGGAGGAAGAGGAAGUCGUAACACCUGCCAAGAAGGCCAAAAAACCCAAAAGAGAACCAGAGACGGCAGAGGUGGAAGGGGAAACAUCCAGAGCCGCUAGUGAGGAGCCACCCAAAAAGAAGAAAAAGAAGCAGAAGAAAGAGUUGGAAGAGAGUGUUGAGGUCACAGAGCCAACAAAGAAAAAGAAGAAAAAGAAAGUUAAAGAGGAAGAAGAAGACUGAAGAGGACCUAAUGUGUGCGUGUAUAUAUAUAUAUACAGUAUGUGUGUUUUUCCUCAUUUAAAAUACUUAUUUUGUCUUAAAGAGGGCAACAUUCUAUUUAGUGCCCGAUACAAUAUCUCACUUUGAAUCUCCAAAUCAAUUGUUGGAUGUCUGCAGAGGUUUGUCUCGACAGAACAAAGUGAAUUUUAUUUUUUUGUUUCUGACGUUUAUUUUACUGCAGUCUUUAAGAUGACACCUGAAGACAGAAAACAUGGAAUAAAUGACUUUUGCAGAA